AUGACUACUGCUGUUCCUGCUACGGUAAUUACUGAUUCCGCAAAAAAUUUAAAUGAUACCAUGGUUGCCGUUGAGUGGCAUGGUACUACUGACGUACGCAUCAAUUCAAAACGUCAAAGACCUGUCCUUACUCAACCAACCGAUGCCAUUGUUCGUGUAACCGGAACUACUAUAUGUGGAUCCGAUUUACAUUUGUAUCAUAAUGAAAUCCAUGGGAUGGAGAGAGGGGAUGUCUUGGGUCAUGAAGGAGUGGGAGUCGUUGUUGAAGUUGGUGAGAAGGUCGCAAAUAUUAAACCAAAUAACCGCGUUGUUAUUUCCGCAGUAAUUGCAUGUGGAAAUUGUGAAUAUUGUCAAAAUAAAUUGUAUAGCUCUUGCGAUAUCACAAAUCCAAGUAAAGAAAUGGAAGAAUUAUACGGUCAUCGUACCGCUGGAUUAUUUGGAUAUUCCCAUUUGACUGGCGGAUAUGAUGGAAUACAAGCCGAAUACGUUCGGGUUCCUUUUGCUGAUGUCAAUCUCCUUCAAGUUUCGGAAGAAGAUUAUCAUGCUUUAGGGGAGAAAUUGGUCUUAUUAUCGGAUGUUGCUUGUACUGGUUGGCACGCCAACGAAUUAGGCGAAGUGUCGAAAGGUGAUGUUGUUGGAAUUUGGGGAUGCGGACCAAUUGGUUUAAGCGCAAUCGCAUGGGCGAAAUAUCGUGGCGCGUCGCGUAUAAUCGCGAUUGACUGUGUUCCGGAACGUUUAGCAAAGGCACAUGAUAUUGGAGCCGAAACAAUUAAUUUCAAAGAGAAUAAAGAUAUAGUAGGGAAAAUGAAGGUGUUUGUUCCCGGUGGACUGGACGUUGCAAUCGAGUGUACAGGAUUUCGUUAUACCAAAACCGUUAAACAACAGGUAGAAAAAUCACUCUUUUCUGAGACCGAUAGUAUUGACGCGUUAGGUGAAGCAAUUCGUUGUGCAAAAAAAGGUGGAAGAAUUUCUAUCAUUGGAGAUUUUGUUGGGAAGGCCAACAAUUUUCCGAUUGGUGCAGUUAUGGAAAAAUCACUCACUUUGCGAGGCGGUCAAGUUCUAGUGCAAAAAUAUUGGGCCCAACUUUUACAAAUCAUGAGGUCGAAUCAAGUGAACAUGAAUUUCUUUACACAUCACGGAAAAUUGGAAGAUACCCCAAAAUUUUAUAAAAUGUUUGAUAAGAAAGAAAAUGGGAUAAUUAAAGUCUUCUUUGUGGCUUCUGACUUAGAGGCGUUCAGCCAUUAUCCAGCGGAUGAUAGCUUAGCACCAUUACCCUAUCGGGUAGGUGCAGUACCAAUUAUCCGAAUCAGCAGUUCCUCUCGUACUAGGCUGAAUUACUAUUGCAACAACACUUCAUCAUGGGUGAACAAUCCAACGCUUACUGACCUGUGCAUCAAUAUGAUAGGAAGAGCCGACAUCGAAGGAUCAAAAAGCAACGUCGCUAUGAACGCUUGGCUGCCACAAACCAGUUAUCCCUGUGGUAACUUUUCUGACACCUCUAACCUCAAAUUUCGAGGAAAUAAAGGAUCGAUAGGCCACACUUUCAUGGUAUGUAUUCACACUGAAAAUCAAAAUCAAGGUAGCUUUUACCCUUUUAUUCUACUUGAGAUUGCUGUUCUCAAUGAGCUACCCUUAGGACACCUGCGUUAUCUUUUAGCAGAUGUGCCGCCCCAGCCAAACUCCCCACCUGACAAUGUCCUCAAAUAUGGAUCGUUAAUUCUUUAA